AUGAAGCUGGUCCUAAUCGCCGUCGCCAUCUCGCUAUGCUGCGUACAAGCUCAGCUGUACAGCACUAAAUAUGACAACAUCAAUCUAGAUGAGGUGCUGAGGAACAGGCGGCUGCUGAAUGGCUACAUGAAGUGCACCCUGGACCAGGGACCUUGCACCGCUGAGGGGAAAGAACUUAAAUAUUACAUCUCAGACGGUUUGAAGACAGGCUGCGCGAAAUGUUCAGACCCACAGCGGAAAGGCAUCAAGAAGGUGAUGAACCAUCUCAUCAAGCACGAGCCUCGCUUCUGGCAACAGGCUGUCGACAAGUACGACCCUCAGAGGCAGUACACCAAGAUGUAUGAGAAGGAAGUCAGCAAUUGGUGACUCUAAGACUGGAAGUACAUGACUUGGAAAAAUUGCGUUUGUGUGUUUUUAAA